GUGGCUUUCUAUAUUGAACGCCCGAAUGCAGAUCGCCCGGAGGGGACAGAAUUUGAGCGCGAACACAAGGUCUCAAGCGCCAUGUGUGUUCGCAGGGCAGGGCAAUUUUGCUGGGACCAGCUUUCCCCGCAUCUACAAAGGAAUGCAAAGCCCUCAAAAUUAGGGGUCCUGGGCGUACGCUUGUUCUGCAUCGAGAUCGGAGCGACCAGCGUCAUCUUCAUACUUGGAUAUGGCAAGCCGAGUUAGCCUGUCUCCUUCCCUUUACCGCAGUGUCAUUUUACCCUAGGAGUAUUUCAGCGACCCACUGUCAGCUUGG